AUGGCUGUUGCGCUUCCCCCAGAAAUCACCGACUCUAUCAUCGAGCAGAUCUACCUCUCCGCCUCGCCGCCCUCCGCCUCUUUCCCCACACUGCGGGCCUGCUCGCUCGUUUGCCGCGCCUGGCUCCCCGCCAGCCGUCAUCACCUCCCGUCGAAACUCUCCCUGUCUCCGCUCAACUUUCGCCUCUUCGUCAGACACGUGGAAACGCCGGAAAACACCCUUUUUGCCUACCUGCGCGAGCUACAAGUGUCGUCCCCGCUGAACCCCGUCCACCUACGCACGCUCGUCGACCUCCUCGGGCGAUUUAGCGUUCUCGCAGUGCUCAAGCUCACACAGUCGCCCAUCGCAUUCGAAUUCCCUCCCGUCCAAUGCUUGACAAGCCUCGAAUUGCGCCACGUCCGAUUCGAUACCUUCGACCGGUUUACGCAGAUGCUGCGCUGUCUGCCGAACCUGCGGCGACUUUGCGUAGCCCAAGUGGUCUGGGCAUCGAAUUCGGGGGAAAUUUUCGAGGCGUUGCCGCUGCCGGUGGCCGAGGGACCGCCCAUCGAAUUGGAGCUGUUUGAAUUCGAUUUGUGGCCAGCAGAUGAAGGCUUCGGAAGCCAGAGAUACUUUUUAUCCUGGUUGAAAGCAGAGAGUGGUUGGCCGCGGGCGUCCAAGCUCGUCGUCAGGAUACAAGCAGGAACUGACGAUCUUUCUAACUAUCUCGAACGACUAGGGGCGCACCUGAUCGAACUGAAUGUUCGGGACGUGAAUGACAGAACCCUCUUGGUCGAACUACGGCACAACACCGCUCUCCGCAGACUUCGUCUCUGCCCCGCGCCGACCUCGUAUGCGUGGCGCAGCACGCAUCACUACCUCAUGUACACCCUUCCGAACUUCUUCUCGCAGUCAAGUCUGCUCUCACCACAUCUUGCCGUGCUCACCUUGGAUCUUCCCGACAUCACGCCUGACGACCUUCGCGACCUCCCGCAGGACGCGAUGGACCGACUUGCAGCGCUCGUCGCCACUUGGUCGAGCCCCUUCCCGCGUCUCCGCCGCAUCGAGUUCAAUAUCCGCUGUCGGCGCCAUGUCGAGGAUGAAUAUGGGCUCGCGGCCGGCCACCACCGUCCAGGGAGCGGCGAGAUCGGCGAAGACGGGCUGAAAAUGUGUGAGGUCGAACGCGACUUCCGCACCCAUGUUCUGGACCCGCUCGUCACUGCCAGCGGUAGGUUUGAUAUAGACAUGGUGAUUGCGUUGGCGGACGUUCCGGGGUCCCUCGCUUAG